GUGGCCGCUCGCUGGAGUAUAAAUAGCGGAGAGCGGCGCGGCUGCUCUCACUCUGAGCUAGGUAGUGGAAGGCGGAGGAGCUCAGCCUGAGGAUAAAGCGUUGCUCUCCCGUCUCUGCAUAUUAUCUGAUCGUGUUGGGGACAUUUAUUGCCAUGAAAGCUUUCAGCCCAGUGAGAUCUGUGCGGAAAUCCAGCCUAACGGAACAUAAUCUGGGGAUAACCAGGAGCAAAACGCCCGUGGAUGACCCCAUGAGCCUGCUCUAUAACAUGAACGACUGCUACUCCAAGCUGAAGGAGCUGGUGCCCAGCAUCCCGCAGAACAAGAAAGUCUCCAAAAUGGAAAUCUUGCAGCAUGUUAUCGACUAUAUUCUGGACCUGCAGAUCGCCCUGGACUCCCACCCCAGUAUUGUCAGCUUGCAUCACCCCAGAUUGGGAGCAAGCCCCACUUCCACAAGGACCCCCCUGACAACCCUAAACACAGAUAUCAGCAUCCUGUCAUUGCAGGUACAGACCGAUCUCAGUGUUAUUCCAUGUGCAUUGCAACUCCCACUAUGGCUGACAGCAUGAUGGGGGUUGCAAUCCACCUCCAACCCCUGUCUGACAGUUUUGUGUUUUUAUUUAUUCUCUGCUGAUCUGAUCACUGUCCUAGUUCUGUGUAGUUACAGCCUUAUCUCUUGUUUAUUCCAGGCGAAUGACUUAACAGAGUUUAGCACGAAUGACAGCAAAGCUCUUUGUCCUUAAGCAAAAUGGUGAGUUGUGUUUUUUUUUUUUUUUUUUUUCAUCUCGAACAUCAGCCUAUUCAUGGCUCUUUCACUCUGGAUCAUGCAUGCUGGGGGUAACUGACCAUUUAUCAGGGGUAGAUUAAACGAUUGUAUGUUCCAGCUGAUCACAGAACAUGUGGCUGCAUUUGGCUAGCGCUAAUCGAUUGCCAGAGGUGCCCCAGUAUUAAUGUGUGGACCAAAUCGUGCCAAUGCCUUCUACUAGCAUGUCUGCCCAUUGACUGUAACUGAAACCAAAAAGAACCCUUUAUGCUGUGAUCUGUUCCAGGGGAGGGUGUUUUGGGCUCCUGUCUUCAUUUUUUUUUUUUUAAAGUGGCUGCGUUUAAUCAAGUAAUUGGUACAAGCAGCAGACUGGCGCCUACAUUCAUUGCAGUUAGAAUAGUUGAGAGUAGAUUUCCCCCCCCCUCCCAAUCAUAUGUUCCUUAUUAACAUCUGCCUUGCUGGAUCAAAUGGCCAUAGUCUUAAUACUACUGUUUCUUAACCUGGUAGCAAAUCAGUAAAUCUAGCUUAUUGUAGCAUUAUAACUGCUGUUAAUCUGUUCAUAAUACUGGGAUAGUUAUUGGUAUAAAAUGUAGAAUGAAGGUAUAUUGCUUUAUGGAAUGUUUACUAUUGAUUUAAUUUUUUUAUAAAGGGGGUGGGUGAGGGGGUGAAUAAGGUCUAAGCUGGUUUUCUACACUCCCUUCCGGCAGUGAAGAGGUUAACAUUCAUUCUCUGUACAUCUGGAGUGCUGGGUUCGCCCCAAUGAGUGUUUGGUUAAAUGUUCAAUGUGGCUUUCCCACUGGCGCCAGGCUGUCUCCCAAACGCUUCCACUAAACCCUCCUCUUCUCUCAAUCUCUUGCAGGUGUUCAUCAGACUUUUUUUUUUUUUUUUUUUUGGAACAUCAUGGCUACAAGACUUCUCUCUUUAUUAUGAAUGCUGAAUUUGUACAGCAAGCUUGUGGAAGGAAAAAAAGGGGGGGAACCAACGUGGCUAUGAAGAGACUUGCAUCCAGAUUAUUUUUAAUAUAUAUAUUCCCACCCGCCCCCCCUCUCAUCCCAUUUUUCUCAAAUCAAGCUGUUUUGGACUGAUUUUAGUUUAUUUAUGAAAGACUUUUUAUUGACCUUUUCUUACACGGGAAGGCUGAAUCUAUAUUAUCUCCUACAUGGGGAUUGAACAUUAAUGUAUCACAAGGGAUUUGCCACUGUAUCUACAUCAGAUCACUACUCCUGAGAAGGUGAAGGAAGCCCCAGCUAUCAUGGACAUAUGGCAAUUUUAGAUUUACCCUAGCACAGAUUCUCAGUGUUUGCCAUCAGAAGUGUUUUUUUGAUUGUUCUUGAUGUUGGGGUUUUGUGAUCAAUAAAACAGAUAUGUGGGUACAUGGCUGGACACUCUAAAUCAAAUUCUGUUACAAGUGGUAUGAAGUCUCAGAACCACUGCCCCCUUAGAUCAUCAUACUUUACAUCCAGCAUUGAAUGCUAUUGUGUAUAUAGUGAAUAAGAUAUCUUGAACUCUUAAUUUGAGUUUUUCCUCCCCCCUUGUACAGUGGCAGAGAUAACAUUUCUGCAAAUGUUUAAUGAUGUACUUAAAUCAUGCUAAACUUUUUAUAAAAGUUUGGUUGUAAGCUUUUUUUAUACAGAAUAAAUUGUGUUUAUUGACCUGUGACUUAUUUAUUCAGCUGUGAUUUUUUUUUUUUUUUUUAAUCUAGUGUAAAGGUUACUUUUUACUUGGCCAGAUGGCCUAUUGUCCUUCCUUUUUUGUAAAAAUUCCUAUGCCAUCCCUAUAGUUAGAACUGGUCAUUCUUUGACCCACAAGAAAAUGAUUGUCUAGUGGACUAUGAACAUUGUUUUGGGGAUUGAAGCUCAAUUAACCCUUAACUGUGGUCUCUGCAUGCAUUAUAUACAGUUCAUACUGCUGGCUUAGAACUGGCUUUCAAAUAAACCCAGCAGGAUCCAACUACCCAACUCCAUUUUAAUAAGCUUCUGAAUGCAAUCACCUCUCCCAUAAACUAACUCUGCAGAGGGGCUCUUGAUAAUGGAGAGGGUGGGGGUCUAAAAUAACCAUAAUGUUCUUUAUUAAACUUUGGCUGAUCCUUAAAGUACUUUCCAUCAGAAUUGAAUUAGUUUGUAAUGGGACUCUAUAUAUUUUCCUAGACCUCUAACCGCCCUCCCCUUAAUUCCUAGUAUGGGUUGGUUGCAAUAUCUUCACUCAAGGGGUAGAUAAUGAAUUUUAACCAAACUAUCUGUACUAGAUUAAACCCCAACAUAACUCAAUCGUGGCUAGCCCAGAAGAAAAUGAUCUGUGUAUACUUUCCUAGCUCUCAAUAGUUAAUGAGUUUAUUGCUUUUUACUUUUAUAACUGGAUGACUGUCCGAAUUCUUUAAUGGUAGGAGUCAAAAUGCAUAGAAACAUGUAUAGGAAUUAUUGGUAGACUUGGAUAAAGGUUAAUAUCAUGUAACCAGUCCCAAAUUCGAUCUGGGAUAAAUCAUGGUAGGGGUUUGUGUAUAUAUUUAGAAAGGGGGACACAUUAACCCCCAGAUUCUGUAGCCUUACCAUAAGGUCAUUAGUGUUGUAGAUCUCCUGGGGAAUUAGCCUUUUAACCACCCCUGUCCCCAGGUGACAGUUGGAAAUUAUCCAGAGUAAAGAGGUUAUCAUUUUUAGGAUGUCCCUGGGAUCCUCAGUUCUAUGAAGCUGAUUUAUCACCGUCCCUUUAAGUGUCCCAGGUGCCUGUUGAUUGAAGUAGUGGAGGUUUGGGAGGAAUGGGUUAACAGUGCUGCAGGGAGGCCUCACCUGUGGGCUGUAACCUGGGUUAAACAGGUGUCUGGGAGGCGCCGCUUAGUCUGAAGCGGCUGCCCUUCCUUGCCCUUGACAUAAAAUCCAUCUUCCUGGACUGAUCUUAAACAAACAGCCAUGAAAGGGCUGCCUGGCUCCUCGCUAUCAGUGAACCCAAAACACAAGCAUUGCAUUGAAAGCAGCCAUGGGAGAGGAGAGCAGCUAAUCUCUCACAUGUCACAUCAGCAGACAAUCUGCUAUCACAGGGAGAUCAGGAGUGCACCUCCCCCUCUCUGCUAGCCAAGAACACAGGGCUACUAGUCAUAGGUCACUGAUCAAACCUAAAAUGUAUAUUGUACUUAGUGAAGGGUCUGCAUCACAAAUCGGUGUCCAUGUUCGUAUAGUGUGUAUCUAUAUAUCGAUCACACCCUGAACAUGUGUGCGGUUAUUGAUACAGUAUCGGCUUUAUGAAACAUAUUCUAAUUACAGAAUAGGAAGUUUUACAAGGUUUAAACUAAAGCUUGGAGAGUGACCUGCAGUAUACAGACGCCUGAUCACUUUAGUUUUAUGUAACAUUAAAAAAUAUAUAUAUAAUGGUACGUAAAAUAAAUUAAAAGGGGAAAAUAAAAUCUCUCACAAAUCAUGUGAGGUGUGGCUAGUGCAAAAGUGAAAUGGAUGAUGCUUUUAAUUAAUCUACUUUGGUCCCAGAAUACACUCUUCAUAAAGCACAGAGUGAAUCACGGUUUGUUCUCCUAUUAACACACACAAUAGAAGAUACUUCAUUCCUUGUUGGUGUACAGAUCACUAGAACAUGUCCAUGGUCUGCUGUUAUAGCACCAACCUCUACAGGAGCGCAGUACGCUGUAGUUGUGUUUGCAGGUAGCCCUGCUCGGCUCUGGGAAUUGCUGGACCUACUCAUUCCUCAGAAAAGUCCCAACAAUUUCCUGCUUAAUGAAUAAAGCUAAUAGUUUAGUAAAUUAACCCCAGAAUGGAACAAUUACAGAGACAAGUGAGCAUUGCCAUCAUUGUAUAUCCCCUGCUGUCAUACUGUGUGUGUGUGUGUAUAUACAUAAAAUGUGAUUUCUGGCAUUCUUCAACUGAGAGACUAUUGAGAUAUCAGGGUGCUUCCCAGCGCAUGUAAUACAUCCAAAUAUUGACGAGAGCACUUAAUGGUUUUAAGAAAUGAAAAAAAAAAAAAGUACAUUUCAUGCGAUUGUGAAUACUUUUUUUCACUUCUUAAAACCAUUGCGUGCUCCCGUCAAUUUGGGGGAUAUAUAUCUAUAUAGAUAUAUAUGCAUAAUUAUAAAAAAAAACAAAAAAAACUUUUCUGUUACAGUGGGCACAUAGACCAUGAUGAGUGAUUCUGAAUUAGAUCAUUUAUUUCUUUGUGGUAUUUACUAUCUGUAUUUUAUAGUGGCAGUAAUUAUUAUUAUUAUUGCAAUUUACAUAGCGCCAACAUAUUCCGCAGCGCCUUACAAUCCUAGAAGAGGGGAGGGGGUUAACUACAAAUAGGACAAUUACAAAAAAAACUAACCGGAUUGUGUUCGAUUCAUAAAUCAUCAUGGUUUUAUUUAGGCAUUUCAGGCCCAAAGGAAAUAAAUACCGAUAUCUACCUAUAAACAUGCUGCAACUCUGUUCUUUAAAGUAAUAAUUGUGCAGCAAUCUGGCAGGCGAGGAGUUAACUGUACUAUUCUGUAGAGCUGAGCGGUGCAGUCUUUCAGGCAGGGGCCCUUUGGUAGCUCUCUGGCUCCCUCUAGACGUCGCGGGCGUUAUUGCAACGGUUGGAGUGUACUUGGUUUAAAGGAUCCUGCUGAUUUAAAAGAUUUCAUAGGAAAAUACAUCAAGAUUGUGUUCAUUUGCCUCUUCCUGUUUUGCUGCUAGUCUUAAAGUAAAGUUUGCAGUAUUUCAGGGAGUUUGCAGAUAACAGACCUGCUUUGCUGAGCUGUUAUUUUGUCAAUGCACCCAAUAAGCAACAUCAGAUCAGUAAAUUGCUGUCUUUUUUCCUGAGUAUGAUCUUUCUUUAAAAAUGAUAUAUAUAUAUAUAUAUAUGUUUUCCCUUCUCAAGGUGUGUUGAGAAACAGACUGUAGACAAAGUAGGCACAUGCACAAUUUCUCAACUAAGGUUUUGGUGCCCUUUAUAUCUAUUACCACCUAUUCACUAAAACUGAGAAUUGUCAGAGAAAUAGGGCAAUUAUGUUAACUAUAGGGGGGCAAUAAAUGUGAGCAAAGUUUAAUUGAUUUUCCCAUAACAGCCAAUUUUGGCUUAAUAUUUGGAGUUACAUUGCCAAUUCUCCCAGCUGAGCAGUGUGUCUGUGUUACGGUAUGAGGUUAGGUGGGUAACUUGGAAUAAAAAAACAAUUCUUUUAUUUGCUCUCAACUAUCACCAUCUUAAUGCAAACCUUCAAGUAUGGGUAAAUAAUUUCACAUUUUAAUACUAUGUAUAUGGGUGGGGGUUUUGUUAACUCUUCAUAACCUAGUGAUGGUAAUGCCUUAAAGCAGUGAAUGCCAUUGAAUAAGCAGUGGUAUUUAAAAUUGGAACAUUCUACAAUUCUGUUCCAAGCCUUCCAAGCCAAGUUUUCUGAAAAUUUUGCCCCCAACUUCUUUAGACCUUGCAGACUGCUAGAAUUCCUGGCCCAAGGAUCUCCAAACUUACAGUCCCAUGCUUUCCUUAAGCCUAUGCUUCUAAAGUUUUCCAUGGCUGCAGUCUGAAUUCUCUGAAAUUCCUGUUUAAUAACCAUUUGUUUCUAUACUGAACAUGAUCAUAUGAAGUUAGCUAUAAGGCAGGUAUAGGCAACCUUCAGCACUGCAGAUGUUUUGGGCUACACCUCCCAAGAUGCUUUGUCAGCAUUAUGGGGGAUGUAGUCCUCAACAUCUGGAGUGCCGAAGGGUGCCUAUCCCUGCUAUAAGGUAUAGAUACUAUAACUAUUUAUUACCAAGACUUGACAUAGCGAAAUAACCGAAAUUAGUAUUGUACAUGUAACAAUCUUGUGUCUUGCCAUCACCACCUCUCCCUAAUUCUUUAUCCCAGGGCCUUCUAAAAGAUAUCCCUCACCAUUAAGUGAAUAAGCCCUUUGUUUCAUUAAUACAAUGGAUUAUGGAAUUAAUAUUGUUUACUCCUCUUUCAGAUAGUAACUUAUUUACUAGUAUUUGGCAAGUGGAGUCUAUGUAGUAUUAGUUCUAAAAGAAAACACACGUUAUUAUACAUUUUCUCUUUCCAUUGGGGGUAUAUCUAAAAAUGGCCUUUCAGCUAUUGAAGCGCUUGCUUGGGCAAGCUGUGUGUUGUAGCCAAUUGUGAAACACAUCUGGAGCACUUCCAUAUACAGAGUAUCUUUAAUGCUCCAUGAUGCUCCUGGAGUUAUGUCUCUGCUUAGCAAUGUCAUAAUGCAGGGGUGCCCAAAUGGUACAUUCACAGAUAUUUUAAAACCACAGCUUCCAUGAUGCUUUGUCAUUCUAAAUGCAUGCAAAGCAUCAAAGAGUUGUAGUCCUACGACGCCUGGGAAUCUACACAUUGGGCACCCCUGCUAUAAGGAGUGUUUGCACAAUAGAGCCUAUUUGUUUCUCAGAAUCAUGUAUGUGAACAUGCCACCGAGGUUAAAUACAUUUACAUGGUAUGAAAGUUGCAAUCUUAAAUCAGCUUGGGAUUUAAAUAAAUAAAUCUCAACACAUAGCUAGUUUAAGUUAUGGCAGGUUAGAUGGUAUAAAUAACUCGAGUGCCAUUAUGUUGGGUUAACCAGCCCUCUAAGUCAGCAGUAUUUCCCCUGAAUUUAGCUCCUGAGAUCUUUGCUAAAGACAAAUCAGUUAGAAUGAAGAGCAGAUAACUCCCUCUACUGGGGCCAGGAUAGGCUAAAACUAAGAUUAGUGUAUUAACCCCUAUAUGCUUUGCUUGACUAUAUCUAACAUACAUGGUUAUUAGUGAUUUCCGAUCUAUCUAAAAUUACAGUGGCAAGAAAUCCAUAAAUCAAGACUUCUCUCUGAACUGAACCUGUCACUCCAGGUUGUAUAUGUGUAGCUGCAUACUGCCACCUAGUGUUAGUAUGUAGGAAGUGGAACAGUAUUAUCUGGUUAAAUGCUGCCAUUUACUGUUCCAAUCCAGUUGGCUAGCAAUUUACAGACAGUAUACAAGAAUGAAUAUAAUAAAAAAAAAAAACACAAUGCUGAACACUUCGACAUAAUGAUAUCCAGGUUAAUAUAUUUGUUGGUAAAUAGGCAUAACUGUAAAUACUGAAUGCAGUGGCAAGUCAACCAAUGUAGUAUUUUAUAUUGAAAUCCUAGUGUAAGGGCAUCAUGCCUGGCAUAGUAUGCAAAUCACUGAUGGCAAAGCUUUCCUACAGAUGUUUUACUUCAUUUCUCAUAAUGCUUAUGGCUUAGGAAGCUUGCACACAGCCUUUGUAGCAUCAAGCUUAGCCAUCAGUAUUCUAGCUUCAGUUUGUGAACAUUUCCCAUGAUGCUCGGCUAGCCUAAAGAGAUGGUAUGGUAUGAAGUUUAGGCAUCGCUGAUGGAGUCAUACACAGAGAUUGGUAGGCAGAGCACUAGGUAAUUCCUAAUUAAUAAUUUCCAAUUCCUACUCAUUAGGCUAAUCUAUAGCAGUCUGUAUAAAAAGGCCUGCUCUUGUUAAAUUAAUAUCUACUCAGUUUAUAUGUGAGAUCCCAUAAUACAAUGCAGUGGGAUCAAGGUCAUGUAUUUAAUUACAGCAAUGACCACGGCUGGAUAAGAUGCUGGUGUGUGCAUUGUGACUGAGGGAGCUUAAUACAAGCAAUACAUCAGACAUCAAACAAUUAGAGCUCAGGGAGAGUGUGUAGCAGGCAGUGUAAUGGGAAAUGACCUGAGGGGCUAAUAAAUAAAGCUACAAUGUGAUCACAGUCUACAGCGGCUAUGAAUAUAAUGAAGUUCAUUCCUCAUGUCACACUCUGUAAUUCUCACAGAAAGCAGAUCGUCAUCUGAUACAAAGUUUUGCCAAUUAUACUGCAGAGAAAGCAUUACAUUUAUCAGUUGGGGAAACCGACCCAGAAUUUAUGACCUGCGGUGUUGUUAGGGAUAAGCAAACUCUGCUCUUCCAGCUGCUGUCAAGAUUGCCAGCCAGUUUACUGCAUCUGGCUGGCUGGGAGUAAUGGCAAUAAUAUCCCGUAGUUAAUGGAAAAUAGGAAAUCUGCAGUUCAUUUCUUCACUCGCUGUUUAACAAAACACAUUACAAGUCAGUGUCAAAUAUAUCAACAAUAAUGCUGGGUCUAUACCAUCAUACAAAUCAGUUUUUUUUUUUUCCAGGAUCCUAUUUGAAAAUCAACAAUCAACUCUGCAAGGCAAUAUAGAGCCAGUUAUAUGAAAUAAGCUUUCCAUUCUGCUAGCAUGAGACCUUUAUGAUGGAGC